GCGGGGGUUGAGCAAGCGGCUGUUGCUGUUGUGGCCCGAGAGAUCGAGCGCUGCGGCGGUAGUGUGGCGGAACACAAGGCAUGGCGGGGCCGCAGGACUUCCAGCAGGGCAGCUAUUGUCACCGGAAGACGUGGCUCAACGUACUACUGGGAAUAUUACACUUAAUCUUACCGUGCGUGCAGUACGGAGGAGCCCAGAGACAAGCUCUGAGUCAAAUGGCCACCAGCGUGGUCGAGGUCUGGCAGCCGGAGGAUGCAGACACGCUUGUCCCGCUGCAGAUGGAAAAGGGGCCAAGAAAAGAUGAGCUUCCACUUCAAGACAGCUCGUCCGCAUUUCAUUCGGAGGUUGGGAGGCCGUUGCACUUCCAACCGCCGAUAUUAAAGUUCGGUAAUCAGCCGCUGUGGCUGCCGAGAGCCGAAACCAUAAAUGUCCACAACCCCAGCCAGGAGCUUCCCGUGACGCUGCUGUCUAUGUUUACGUCCAGCAGGCACUUUCACAUACCUUCCUCGCACAGAAGAGUCAUCCCCCCCAGAGGGAAAACAUCUUUUAAACUCAUUUUCCUCCCAUCCGAGGAGGGCAACGUAGAAAACACGCUAUUUAUAAACACAUCAGCCCACGGGCUGCUUUCAUAUCAGGUCUUUGGUGUCGGUGUCCACCAGGGCUCGUUAAAAUCUGUCCAACGAAAGGACAGCGAGUUGGUGUUCCCGCAUAUCCAGAGCAUCAAGUUGACCCAAACUCAGGAAGAUGUGUCCAACAUCACCAUUCUGGGUCUCCUGCUGGAGUGCAGCCUGCCCAAGAGUUUGUUCGUCACGUCACAGGGUUCCUGCCUCCAGAACGAGGAGCGGCUCAGCCUGCAGCUGGACCUGUCGGCACGCUGCGAGCAGCCCGCCGAUCUGGACAAGCUCAAGCCUUACGUCCUUGAGCACAUCCUGUUGCUGCUCACGGUCCCCGCUGCCGGACAGGCCGCACUCGGGGAACCAAAAAUAGGAGUUUAUAUGCAAAAUUCCGGAAGCAAAAGGCUCUACAUAAAGGACAUGCAGUUGCUAUCCAAAGUGGACGCCGCUCUGGAAAUCAAUCGAGUUCUUCUGCGUUCAGAAGCCAAAAACUUUACCCAAGUGGCCACCCUCACCUGCAGAGGUUCCGGCCACGGAAGCAAAUGCGUCCGUCAUAUCAGCGUAAAGGUGCUCGGCAACCAGAUGACGCACAACCUGGCCGGAUUACAUAUCGCGCACAGGUGGAGCACGGAGGACCUGUCCAGCCUUUUCCAAGUCAAACAGAAAACCACAGAGCGGGUGGAACUGUGGCUGACCAACCCGUUCCCGCUGCCGCUCACCGUGACCGGCGCCCGUCUCUCUCCCAAACUGAAGGGGGCGAUGAAGGUGUUGAACUUCGGCGGCCCGCUAACGGUGCCGCAGGGUUGUUGGUCCAUCUUGUCCCUCCGGCUCUCGGACCGGGCGCCGCCGGCCGGUCACUCCCUCACGCUCGGCCUCAACACCCAAGUGGGCGCAGCCGUGCGCGUCCCUCUCUCCUUUCACGCCGACCCUUCCGAGCAGGGAGACUUGGUGUUCGAGUCCGAGCGAGAGUGCCGGCGACCGUGCCCGCUCAAAUUGUCCGAAGCAGAUCGCUCAGAGUGGCAACGCACGCUCCUGCCGGACUUCUCGCGCUCGUCCUGGACGCUUGAUAGCAAGCUGGCCGGCCGACUCUUCUCCCGCUGGCAGAAGAAUAAAGACAAGCUGCCUUGCAGGUGGCCCAGGCUCCCCACAGAGACGUCGUCACCACUGGAUUUUGGCGCCACGCCCAUUAAUGAGAGCAAGGUGAAAACUUUGCUGCUGAAGAACCCUUCGUCAUCUGUGGUUUCUGUGGAGAUCCAGAUUAUUUCCCUCUAUCCUUCCCCACUUGGAGCUUUGGACAUUCUCACCAAAUGGUUCAACAUCAGCCCCCUGGCGGUCAACAUCAGUACUGCAGAGUUCUCAUUGUUGAACGUACCACCCAGGGCGAGCGAGGAUGCGAAGACCCCGAGAGGUGACGGCGUCCUGCGCUUGCUGCUCCAACCGUGGGAAUCCCGGGAAGUGGCCGUCGUGUUUACGCCGUCCGAGCACAAGCCCACCACCACCAUCCUGAUCAUCAGGAACAACCUGACCGUGUUUGACAUGGUCACGGUGAGGGGCCACGGGGCCAAAGAGCUGCUGAGGGUUGGCGGCAAGCUGCCCGGUCCGGGGGCCUCCCUGCGCUUCAACGUUCCUCAGUCCACUCUGAUGGAGUGCAGAGAUGCUGGCCUGCGCGGCGACAACAAGCCGCUCUUCGCCAUCCGCAAAAGCUUCAAAGUGGAGAACGCCGGCGAGCUGCCCCUCACCGUCACGUCCAUGAACGUCAACGGUUACAAGUGUCAGGGCUUCGGCUUCGAGGUGCUGCAGUGCCGCUCCUUCAGCCUCGAACGCAACGGCUCGGCCGAGAUUACAGUAGCGUUCACGCCGGACUUCACGUCGUCCUGGGUGAUCCGCGACCUGGUGCUGGUGACGUCGCGCGGCACCAGCUUCCCGUUCACCCUCAACGUGACGUUGCCCCACCACAUGCUGCCCCUGUGCGCUCAAGUUGUGCCGGGCCCGAGCUGGGAGGAAUCCUUCUGGGUGGUCACGCUUGUCUUCACCUGUUUCUCCUUGUUGGGUGUGUGCUUGAUGGCGUUCCAUCAGGCGCAGUACAUCCUCAGCGAGUUCUCCGUGCCGGCCAUCCGGAGCAACCACAACUCCAACUUGUCCCGCGACAAUGGCCCCGUCAACAACAUCACACCCAACGGUGUCAAUAAAGCCAAGGGUAGUUGUAAGAGCUACGUGGACUCGUGUCACACCUCGGAUAAGGGCAAAGGUCGCGGUUCCCCGGCGCUGUCCAACAAGCCCGCUCAGCGUCCUCAGUCGUCCAAGAAGAGCUCCCCCGGCGCCCCGUCGCAACCCCAAAAGAAACACAAGGUGUCCCUUUACUACGGCAAGUACAAGCCCAGCGCGGCCACCGCGCCGUCGGCGCCCACGGACGAAGAGCACGAGGAGCGUGAGGAGUACGAAGAACCGGUACCCGAAGCGCCUCUGACGCCGGACCCCGACGUGUCCAACAACAACGAACCGUCAUUUGUCAGCGAGAUGGCCAAAAAGGCGCCGGCGGACUUGAAAGUUGAAGACAGUGUGCCAGCAGCCAUUAUGUUUCCCGUGGAAAUUCCUGCUGGCUUCCCGCAAAACGUCACGCUCUGCCCCGGACCCAGGCCGGGCCUCCUGUUGUGCAAGCCCGUGGAGAUGAAUCACGCCGAGGCGCCCGACGCUGAGCUACAGUUAAGGGAAGACAACAAAGACCCCCCCAAAAAGGCGUCAAUUGCCGACACGGGCAGUAGUAGUAAUCUUAGUAAUAAUAAUAAUAAGGGAAAGAAAAGUCGCCGGAAGACGGAGUGUGUCUCAAGCGCUCCAGAACAGAAAGCACUGCUGCUUCCGGAGAGGCAGCGGGAGCCCGAUUGGAGCGCGGCGGACCGCAACCCGGCGCCGUCACGCACCAAGAACCGCUGCUGCAACGCUCCGGCGGUCGAAGCUCCCAAACCCGGACUGCGUGCCGACAACGCCGUCAGACAAAACGGCGCCUGCCCCGCCCGCAGUCGGCGAAAGUGCGUGGCCGAGCGGUGCGAGUCGGGCUCGGACUCGGGCAGCUCGUCGGGCAGCGUGCGGGCCAGCAGGGGGAGCUGGGGCAGCUGGAGCAGCGCUAGCAGCGUGGAGGGCGACAAGGAAGCCAGACACGCCUGCGCUACUUCAUCCAGAAAAAGGGAUCCGAUGCAGUAUAACAUGUACACAGCAGAGCGAGACGCCUACCAGCCUGCAAACGCCAACUGCAAACCCUUCAACAGCGUGUACCGUAAAGACCAGUGCCAAAGUCCCGACCCGGCCGUGUCCAGCUUCGCCCCGAGUUUUGCCGCCGUCGCCGCAGGGGUGGAGAGGAACACUGACCUGACGGGUCACUUCCGGCCCGAGGAAACUUGGUCGGCACCCUCGGUUCCGCUCACCAACGAGUUCCGGUACAACACCAGCACCGCCGAAGUGCUGCCCUUCAUCCCUCAGACGACCUCGCCAAGGCCGUAUAACGGGUUUGCAUGGCGAAGUGGCAACAACCACUGCAGUAAUCCGUACGCCUACAGCGAGGACGGCUGCUACAUCGGAAACGCGGCGAUGCAGGCGGGAUUUCCUCAUCAAGAGUGCCACGCCGUCCCCCCCGCCAGUCAGGCGGGCUGGAGUGAGCAACAUACCCAAGAAUCCCCGGGCUCCACUUGGGACUCUGCCGCCUGCGUGGGCACCAAGCCUUUCUUCUCAGGCACCCGCAGCCUGUCGCCCAUGUCCAGCCUGUUUGGCUCCAUUUGGACGCCGCAGAGCGCCCCCUACCACCACCACGGCCACCUGCAGCAUGAGCGCUCGGCGCCCAUGUCGCCGGCGUCACCCAUGUCGCCGGCGUCACCCGUCACGCCGCCGCAUUCGCCCUUCGCCCGUGAGACGGCAGAGGCGCCCGCGUGCGGUGGUGGCGGUGGCGUCCCGUUCUCGGCAGCGGUGCCCGCGUGCGGUGGCGUCCCGUUCUCCAGCUUCAACCCGUUCGGCCCUCACAUGAACUUGGACAUCUGGAACUCCUCGUCCAAUCGCAGCUCCAACUCGCAGCUAUCCAACGACUCGGGCUACUGCGGCGACGUUUAGAAAGAAAGAAAAACAACCAUGAGUAAAAAAAAAAAAAAGCAUCACAAUAAUUGCAAAAACAUAUAGAACAUGUAUACCACCAAGUAAAAAAAAAAGAAUGUUCUUUUA